UCCGUGGCAGCAUCUCACAGCUACAUCACACCCUCUCACAGGUGUUCACAAGAACGCCUGAACAACACAGAAGGAGGAUCUUUAAAGGUUUGUUGGCAAAUCCGUGGACUCGCUAUUUCAGAGUCAUCAGACGAAGAGCCAGCAUGUCGAUGGGCAUGGAGAUCGUGGGCAUCGCCCUUGGAGUCAUUGGUUUCAUCAUUGCAAUAGUGACGUGCGCCCUGCCCAUGUGGAAGGUGACGGCGUUCAUCGGAUCCAACAUCAUCACUGCUCAGAGCAUCUGGGAGGGUUUGUGGAUGAACUGUGUCACCCAGAGCACCGGCCAGAUGCAGUGCAAGAUCUACGAUUCGUUGCUGGCCUUGCCUCAAGAGCUGCAGGCCUCCAGAGCCAUGAUGAUCAUCGCCAUCAUACUUGGGGUGCUGGGGGUCAUGAUCUCCAUCGUCGGCGCCAAGUGCACCAACUGCAUCGAAGACGAGGCAUCCAAGGCCAAAGUGAUGAUCAUCGCUGGAAUCUUCUUUGUCCUCGGCGGCCUUUUGGUCCUCAUCCCUGUCUCCUGGACAGCAAGCGUCAUCAUCCGGGCUUUCUACAACCCCUUCCUGACCGACACACAGAGGAGGGAGCUCGGGGCAUCGCUCUACAUCGGCUGGGGAGCGGCCGCCCUGCUCCUGAUCGGUGGCGCCAUGCUGUGCAGCAGCUGCCCGCCAAAAGAGAAGCAGUACAAGCCGCCCCGGAUGGCCUACUCCGCCCCGCGCAGCGCCAGUGCAGGCGCAGGGUACGACAGGAAAGACUAUGUUUGAACGGAAGAUUUGGAAAGUAGGAUGAAAUGUUUGUUGCACAUGAGUGUUUUUGUGUGUCAGUGUGUGUAUUUUGCUGUCUGAAACCACAGGGCGAACCGCCAUGAAAAGACUCCGAGAUGAAGAUGCGUGUACAUGUGUGUUCAGUUUGGCUGAACUGUUCAUUUUUAUAACUUUUAAUACAUUUGCUCUGCUAUAAUCCAGCAGGUGUGCCUUGUUAAAGAGGCUCGCAUUUUCAGUAUAUGAACAUGGGAGCCUGUUUUACAGUAAAACAUAACUUUAUUCUUUUGAAAGGUCAAACUGUGUCCCUCUGACAUGUUGUAUUUAUACUCAAACUUCUGUGGCAUUAUGUGAAUCUGAAAACAUCUGCUUCUUGUGUGUGUCGCACUAUCAUUAGCCGUUGGCCUGCUGGUGUCGUGUUUCACUGAAACUUUCAGUUAAAAUACUGUGUGUCACUGACAAUGACAAGGAAAAGCCAGCUCUCAUUUUACAUGGAUUUGGUUGUGUGAUUGUUCAGUGUGUGUGUGUGCGUGUGUAUGUUUUGCAUGUAAUAUUUGCUUAGCAGAGUUUCUGCCGAGACUGAACCUAAAGAUGGAUCCAUGAUACGGCCCCAGGUAACAACUUUAUCUUCUUCCUCACAGUUUCACUGUUUGAGGUCAUAGAAGAGACUGUUUCAGUUGCCACACAAAGACUUUAUAUGUGUCCAUAUGUGUGAGUUUAUAUAUAUUUCUGUAAUGAAAUGUAUUUGUAAUUUAUUUUAACAUCACAUACUCAACUGUGUCUGUGUUUCAAAUAGAUUUCUAUUGUUUCUUUUUUUAAAAUCUUAUUUUUGUAUAUUUUAUAUCUAUCAUAAGCAACAACCUGCAUGGCCCUCUGUAUGUCAAACAAAGUGCCAAAUAUGGUGUGUGCGUGUGCGUGUGUGUGUGUGUGGUGUGUCAGCCUGAGGCAACAUGACUACAGCUGUUAUAGGAUGUUUGUUUCACAUCAGCAGGAUGUGUUUGUAUGUAUGAAUACAUUUUUCACAUUUUUAAAUUGUUUAAAAAAUGUGUUGAAGAUUUCAAUAAAAGUCAAACUCAAAAUGA